AUGAUUGAACAGUUUCGCCAAAUUGCUUCCUUUCUUAAAGAUUCAUCCGCCUUACAAACUGUGCCGGCAUUUUUUGUAGCGGCAGUUGCACCGAGUUCGGCGCCAAGUCCCCCCCAAGUUUUGCGCUUUACAAUGACCCUUUACCGAUAUCCUGCCUUCAAAAUAGCCGCAGGUGGGGGUUCUCCUGAGAUAUUUCAGCUUCAGGAUCCAGGAAACCAGCCAGGGGGCCCCAAAAGGGUGCCGCGAGUUUUGGCACCAAUGGGGCCUACGGGCAGUCUACGUGCUAUGCUUUUGCUAGUGCAGGGAGAUCCUAUGGCUUCCCUCCUAGCGGCAGCUCUGGCGCUGCGCGCUGCUGCUGGACAGGGAUCAUCUGGAGGAAAGCCUGAUCAGCACCAGAAGCAGCUCCAACCCCAGCAGCAACAACAGAAGUUUCAGGAGCAGCAGCAGCAACGUCAAGAGGUUGCAAAGCAGCUAAAAUCCCCGCAGCAGCAGCAACAACAGCCGAGACAACAGCAGCAACAACAACAGCCGAGACAACAGCAGCAACAACAGCCGAGACAACUGCAGCAACAACAACAGCCGAGACAACUGCAACAACAACAGCCGAGACAACUGCAGCAGCAACAACAGCCGAGACAACAGCAGCAACAACAACAGCCGAGACAACUGCAGCAACAACAACCACUCCAGCAAAGUCAACGCAUGCAGCAAGUAGAGUACCAGAAGCAGCGCAAAUCGCCACAGCAGGUGUUUCUGGACGCUGUGCCUGCUGCAGCAGCACAGGACCUUCCCCACGCCAAUGCGCGUUCUGCUGCUGUCUGCUCAGGCCUUAAGCAAGGCGGAAAGCCCCUUGGUGGGGGAGGGGAGCCUUCUGCAGGCACUCGAGGGCCACAGGUGGCUCCCCCCCAUUCAGGUGCCUGUUCUCCUCCCGUCCAGAGGCCAGGGGACGAAGGGGGCACUGAAGAAGGCGGCAGCAACGUUAGGGGCCCCGAGGUGGAAGGCCCCCCACACGGGCGGCCUUCAUGGGGAUCUUCUAGCGGCCAGAAUGGGAGUGCUAACCAGAUUUCCGGGAGUGGGCCACGCUUGCAUGUUGCUAUCCCAGUGUGUGCUCCUGCUCGUGCGCGCCAACAGAAGGGCUCUAAUAGCUCAGCGCCUCAGCGACCUCCCCAGGGUUGA